CAGACUUUACUACUGAAUAAGAACAUUUUAACAGAAGUCAACUUUGGACGCGCAGCGCGAUUUUAACGAGGAUUUCUUCCCCAGACAUUGACAUAUUAUUUGGUUGUUUGGAUUUUCUGGGCAGCACAUUUGAUCAUGGGCCCAUUUCGGAUAUUUUUGUGCUUACUGUUCGCGUUUCUUUCGCUUGUCUUGGAGAGGUUUGUGGUGCUGGCUGCUUUUUCCCAGGGUAUGGACAGCGACUUCACAUUCACCCUACCUGCUGGACGAAAGGAGUGUUUCUUCCAGACCAUGAAGAAGCAUGCCUCACUGGAGAUUGAAUAUCAGGUAUUAGAUGGUGCAGGCCUCGAUGUAGAUUUCCUCAUCUCCUCUCCUUCUGGACAGCUGUUGUUUAAUGACUACCACAAGUCAGAUGGCGUCCACACUAUAGAAACCGAGGAGGAAGGAGACUACAUGUUCUGCUUUGACAACACAUUCAGCACUCUCUCCGAGAAGCUCAUCUUCUUUGAACUGAUCCUGGACAACAUGAAUACAGAAGAAGACCCUGACGACUGGAAGGAGUAUGUCCAUGGGACAGAUAUGCUGGACAUGAAGCUUGAAGACAUCAUGGACACCAUCAACAAUGUCAAGUCUCGGCUGGGCAAAAGUGUUCAGAUACAGAAUUUGCUACGAGCGUUCGAGGCUCGUGACCGAAACAUCCAGGAAAGUAACUUUGAAAGGGUGAACUUUUGGUCCUUGGUCAAUCUCGUCGUGAUGGUGAUGGUGUCAGGGCUUCAGGUUUAUCUAGUCCGCUCGCUGUUUGAAGAUAAAAGGAAAAUUCGCACAUAACUGCAACAGAAAUGGAUGGAAAGAGAACAAACAAAUAAACAAAAAAAAAAAAACUAAUUCUCUUAUAACAAAUACCUUACGUUUUCUAGGUUUCCCCACUUGUUAGGUUCAAGAUGUCACACACAGACAUGCAUGCACACAAACACAGACACCACCAGAGCAAAUUCACCUGUUUCUCUAGGUUUCAGCCCACUGGAGUUUGGAAGACAGUGUGAAUACAAACUUGGGAACAAGACAGUGAUUAUCAUCCUCUUUAUCUAUUUGUUAGUAAAAGUGGCAUUUGUAAUGUUGCUGUUUGACACCCAAGGAACUGUGGAAUAGAAGGACACCCCUUGGCCACAAUUUGUGGAUUCAUGGCCUGGGUGGCUGGCAGCUCCACUGCCUUCAUGGCUGCUGGUGGGUGUCUGCUUACAGCCCACCUACCGUGUGAAGAUGUGAGCCUGCCUGUCUCUCUGGUGACACGAGUCUAUUUCUAUCUUACUGACACCUGGAAGGUCAUUGCUAUGAUGGCAUUGCAUUGCUCAGAUAAAUGUGCUUCAGCUUCCAAUGCCUCGGCUACGUCAGCCUUCUUUCAGGUUGUAUCUGUGCAUUGAGUCCACGACUUGUUACAAACUCCUCUGAAUAUUGCACUGCCUCCGAUGCCACAGAACAACAGAUUUCUUUGUCUUUACAUUUUUAGGCACUGAAGUUUUAGAAACAGAUCACAGGCCCACCAAAAUGGGUUAAACUUAAUCCUGAUUUGUGUGAAGCACCUAUCAGGAUGUUUUAACUCGUAUAGCUUGUAUUCUGUUCAGAUGCUGCUGUGACUUGUCAUUUUGUUUGGAUUUUUUUUUUCUCAGCUCCACCGAUGAACCCAGUAGCUUACUUCCCUGGCUGGAAAGCUCCAUGUUGCCAUCUUGUGACUUUAAUCUGUUCUGUAAGAUAUAGACCAUACAGUAAGAUUGUGUCAUUACAGUUUAUAGCCUUAUGUUAGAAAUGAAUAAAACCAAAAUGUUGUGGCCUAGUUAAGAUAAUAGAAAAUUGCCAUAAAUAAUUGUGUGUGCAUUUAUCUCACUGACUUUGUUGAGUGCCUGAAGACAGACGUCUAGCUAUGAGAAAGCCUUCCAUCUCACUUUAUUUCUUUUUCAUCGGUCCAGCUGCUGUUACAUGAUAUUCCAGUGUGUUGAGUGCUAUAUAUUGAGAUUCUGUAAGAUUUUUUUAAGGAUUUCUAAUAAAUCAUUCUGAUCAGUUUUAAAGUACCCUUAAAAUCUCACAAAUGUAAAGUUUCCAAAAAGUAUUUCUAUUACUGAGCAACAGAGUUUUAAAGUUUCAGAGAUACAAUCUUUCUGUUACAGAAAAAUCCUAUGAUGGCAGAGUGGAUGAAGAAGGAACUGACUAGAUAUUUAUUCGAUUAAUGUCCUGUAGUUGUAAAUGUGUAUAAAUUAAACAGCCUUAUCUUUU